AUGAAGGUUAUUUUGAAAAACUUUAGACGGAAGGUAUCACGAUGAGACCAGGAUUGCCAGGGCAGAAAGGCGAGGCAGGCCUUCCAGGGAAUCCAGGACCGAAAGGAGAGACUGGAAUCGCCGGCGCCAAGGGGAACAAAGGUGAACCAGGGCACAAGGGUGCUAAAGGCGAUCACGGAAAAGAGGGUGCUCGAGGGAUUCAAGGGUUCAAGGGUGAACCUGGUGCUCCUGGAGCACCGGGGCUUCCUGGUGCCCCGGGUGAGAAUGGGAGACCAGCCGAGAAGGGUGACAAGGGAGACACAGGAGCAGAAGGAAAACCAGGUCCUCCAGGUGCACCUGGACCACCAGGUUUGUCUGGCUUAAGCGGCCCUGGGGGAGUGAGCAUUGGAGAAGCGGUGUUAAGGGAGAAAGGUGACAAGGGUGAGAGUGGCGCGCGAGGAUACAAAGGAGACAAGGGCACCAAAGGCGAGAAAGGUGAUAAGGGUGACUCUGGACCAGCCGGAAUUCCUGGUGUGAACGGAAUUCAAGGACCGCAAGGCAACAAAGGCGAGCCGGGGAAGGAUGGAGUUCCCGGGACACCGGGAAUCGUCGGUGCAAAGGGUGAAAAAGGUGAAAGAGGUCCGCCAGGAGCUACAGCUAUAGCCAGUUCUGGAGACUACAUCACUAUCAAGGGUGAGAAGGGAGCAGAAGGCAAGAGAGGUAGAAGAGGGCGUCCUGGGCCACCAGGACCAGUUGGCCCACCUGGAAAGCCGGGAGCGAUGGGAGAAAUUGGGUUACCUGGAUGGGUGGGUCGUCCUGGAACUCCCGGACUUCCUGGACCUGUUGGACCAGUGGGACCCAAGGGAGAAAAAGGAGAACCCGGCACACCGAGCCCUUACGGAGUUUCUGUCGGUAUAAAAGGCGACAAAGGAGACGAUGGUUUCCCUGGAAUUCCUGGACAACCUGGAAGAGACGGUCAGAGAGGACCUCCAGGUCCUCCUGGACCACCUGGACCACCGUCCCAAGGAAACUAUAUCCCAGUUCCUGGUCCCCCGGGACCUCCUGGACCACCAGGACCACCGGGAUUAUCUUUGAUCGGACAGAAAGGAGAACCAGGAAUUGGCAGAAGUCACAUCUUUGGCGAGAGAGACUAUUACGGAGUCAGACAAGGUAGAAGAGAUUUACUAUGCAUAAAUAAGAUAAUUCACUUUGUUAGUCGGCAAAAAUUUAGAAAUUCAGAAUUUUAGAUAUUUUUCAGUUUGAAUUCUUUUCAAUUAUGAAGAACGCGUAG